GUCCACUGAAUGAAGUGUUUUAACCGAGCCGUGUUCAUCAGUGUUCACACAGAACAGAAACCAACAGACAGAAAGACGAUCGACAGCACAAAUCAUUUCGACUGGAACUCCAGCUGGACACUGAAGACAAAUCACAGAUGACGACUCGUCCUGUUCCGAAGCCACGGGCUUGUUAUCAGCGAAACAGUCUAAGCUCCGCCCCCUCAUCAAAGGGAGAUGUGGGCAGUGAGAAGCACCUGUCUAAUGGCCUUCAUCCAAGUGCAGAUGCUCCUCCCCCUGCUGCUGGAUUGAAUCAUGGUGCCGCGUUUCCCACGCUGACCAGUGUCACUGGCAUCAUCUCCGCCAACAUUCCUUCUCUGGCCGGGGUCCUGGCAUCCAUCAGUGGGUCCGACCCCACCAAAGACACCCUAACUAACAACACCCCUGCCCCCGUAGCCAGCUUGGCUGGAGCUGCCAAUACUAUUAUGAACCCAAUGACUACUAUGGUAAACUCCACCUCUACUUCCACACCUGAGACUGCUGGCUCCUGUCCUGCUAGUUUGGACCACAUGGUGAGCUCGCUAAGCACCAGCAUACCCAGUUUAGCUGACACAGUUAGCCGUGUGGCUAACCCCACAGAUAGCCCCCACCAAGGAGGAGUGACAUCAGCUCCACCCACUGCAAAUGGAAAGCACAAGCCUCCUUCUGUGUCAAAGAUCAUGGAGAUGGUGAACUCUCAAACAGUUGACAUCCUUAAAGAAGACCCUGACAUCCCCACGUUGGCUUUUUGGACCAGCCAGGAGGAAGCUGACACAGAGUCCACCAGCGAAGAAGAUGAUCCUGGAACUAAGUCGAGUCACGCUGCUGCUGACGGACGCAAAGCUCCACCUUUUGAUGUCACGUCUCAGAAAAGCACUUCAGUCGACCAAUCAGAGGACAUUGAGCCUGGUUACACAGUGAUGCACCUUUGUAAAAGUGACGACCCAACUGGAAAAGCAGAAAAAGCCCAUAAACAGAAGAUUCCAAAAUCUGCCACAAUUCGUGUGUCAAGGAAGAAGGGGGGCAACGUAUGUCCAACCCCACAGAGCGCAGUGGUCCGGGCCAGCUGGUUAGACGUGUGGAAAGGAUUCAGGCACAGCGUCUUAUGGGCAACUCUGGAUGGAAGGCUGAUGUCUCUGUGGAAGAAACGCACAGACAAGUCCAGUGAGGUGCUGUUCCAUGUUUCCAGUGUCACAAAUGUGAAGAAACAAGACCGAGCAAGAUUCUCCAUCUACCUCGGGAAGAAGCACUACGACUUCAUGGCUCACAGUGAUGAAGUUCAGGAUGGUUGGGUCACAUCUCUGCUGGCAUGUCGAGGUAUCCCAAGCCCCACACCCUCACAGUGCCACGGACUUAUCACCAUCAAGGAUCCAAGGAGACGUGUCUACGCAGCAGUCUGGGAUCAUGACCUGUGGAUUUAUCCCAACAAAGAGGGCUUCCAGCUGGGCGUGGCCUCAUACUCUGUGCCGCUGAACAUAGCAUCUGUCAAAUCGACAGGGGAACACUCCUUUACCCUCAUCACCCCAUACAAGACCUUCAAUCUUUCUGUUGCUUCGUCGAAGGAGCUGUCCAUCUGGCUGGGCAACUUGACCUCAACGAUUCAAAGUGCUCUGUCCUGCAGCCAGGUGGCACAGCGGCUCUGGGAGAAUCCGUCCAACAAAGUAUGUGGUGACUGUGGCGAGGCAAAUCCUGAGUGGGCAUCAGUCAACCUGCUGCUUGUCAUCUGUAACACCUGCGCUGGUCACCACAGACACCUGGGCAGCAAAGUGUCCAAAGUACGAAGCCUGAUGAUGGACAGCAAAGUCUGGACUGAACCACUUAUCCAGCUGUUCAUCACUUACGGAAACCUGGUGGCCAAUCAGGUGUGGGCUCCAGCUGUGCCAGCAGCAGAGCAGCUCCAUCCACAGUCAUCAGAAGAGGACAGGUCAACAUUCAUCCAGAACAAAUACAGCAAAGGGCAGUACAGACGGGUCCAUGCUCUGGCACCUUCACAGACCCUGAUGAACCAGAGGCUUUGUGAGGUUGUGUGCGGCGGUGACGUUGAAGAAACGAUGACUCUGCUGUGCUCAGGAGCGAAGGUGCGUCCAUCAGACCCUCAGAUCCCCUCCCCCAUACACCUGGCUGAGAGCGCUGGUCAGGGGCUGCAGGUGGAGCUUCUGAAAAUCAACGAGUUUCUGGAGGCCCCGCCUUACCUGCCACAGACAACCAAUAAGAAAAGCAAUUCCACCCCCUCAGAGGAAAAGGAGGAGCUUCACGGGAAACUGGAGGAAGAUCGUUUCCUCUUCUCGUCAGAAAACGAUUCGGCGGCGUGCGACGUUCUGGACCUCAGAGAAGUUCUGUCGGUCUUCAUGAAAGACGGGCAGAAGUUUGAGGUCGUGACCCUGAACGACAAGAUGAUCUGUGACGCUGACAGCAAGGAGGCGCUGCUGAGUCACCUGGUGCACAUCCUGAAGGUGAUUUUGCCAGGGGGCGUGUCUGAAGCAGAGGUGGGCAGGGCCUUGGCGGUCAGCAAAGUGUGCGCCGUCAAAGUAGGAGGAGCCCCAAAGCACUCUGAAGCAUGGUUGCUGCUUUGGGAAGGCGGAGUCAGCAUUCACCCCGCCCACAGACACACAGAGGAAACCAUAAGGAUGGAGGCAGAAAUGCUGAGUCAGCACGAAAUGCAUCCAUCAGAAAACACCGUCACCGUGGCAACGGGAGACAGGAGCGUGUCUGCACGUUUCGAGGACGUGUACAGCUGCGAGUCCUGGUUCAGGACUCUGGAGAAGAUGUUGGCCAAUCAGAGAGCAGCCCCUCCUCACCGCCCAGCCAGACCUCGGUCUCUGUACCCCGUGCUGGAUCCGGGUACCAGAGGCUCGGUGCCGCCGGCCGUCGAGCGCUGCAUCUCCCACGUCACGCACUACGGUCUAAAGGUGGAAGGUGUGUACCGGCGCUGUGGUCUAGCUACCAAAGUCAGUCGAUUGGUCCAGGUCCUGGUGACCUCACCAAUCUCCGCCCCCCUGGAGAAUGAUGAGCAGGGUGUGCUGGAUGCUGCUGCUGCCCUCAAACAGCUUCUUCGGCAGCAGGACUCACUUGUCCCAACACAAGACAGAGAUCAGUGGGUUCAGGCUGCAGUUGUUUCAGAUGAGCGCAGAAGAUUUUCAGCCUAUCGAGAGUUACUACGACACCUGCCAGCUGAUAAUCGAGCCACGCUGAACGCCAUCUUUGGACACUUCUACAUAGUGCAGUUGUUCUCUCAAAUGAAUAAGAUGACAGCUCAGAACCUGGCACUGGUUCUGGUUCCAUCUCUGUUUCAAACUCUAAGCCAAGACCUCGUGCUCCUCACCAAAGAGUUCAUCAUCCACCACACAUUGCUUUUUCUGAGUCCAGAUGAAGAUGAGGCAGAGGAGAUCACCAUCUUCUAAUGAAGAUAAUGAAACUUGUUUCUGCUUCGACGUUUCUGACAUUCUUUUAUGUCUGACAAAUGUUAGUCCGGUAUAUUUUAGCUUUGAUUACUGGGGGCCUUUGGACUAUUUCUUUGGCAUCUUAAUAUAUAUUCUGUUGGACUAAAAGGCUUCCAGCCCAUGUUAUAAAAAAUGUGCUUCACUGGAGCAAAGAAGGCAUUUCUUGAAAUGUGUAAAAUCUUGUCAACAGUUUACCAGAAGGCACCGGGCAACGUCGGCCUCGGUUUGGUCAUUCUCUCUUCCAGCUCAGCAUCAACCUCUUGCUGGAACUGGUUUACCAGACUGUACUGUGGCAAUAACUCAGUUGGUAGAGCGAGCCGUCUUGUGACCAAAGGGCCGGUGAUUCAAAUCCAGCUCCAUAAUCCAUAAUGCUGUUGUGUCCUUGUGCAAGACACUUAACCCACCCUGCCUGUGUAUGAAUGAGGUGGUGGUUGGAGGGACUGUAGGAGCAGGCAGCUGUGGUUACACGAGUACUUUACCACCACCAACAUGUGAAUGCAACUUGUAAAGCACUUUGGGUGUCUUGAAAAGCACUCUAUAAAUUAACGUCGAUAAUAAUAAUUAUUAUUAUUAUUACCGGCCUGCCUGUACUUCUUAACAGUUGUUGGAAAUGUGUUCAUCACCUGUCUGAAAACUGGCAAUUUAUAUAAAAAAUAAUCCUUAUACUUACUAUGUUCAAAUAUUUAUGGGCUCUGAACAAAGAGGAUUAAAAUUAUGGUUGUGGUUA